CAUAUCACCUUGAUUAAUUGGAGCAUCUACAUCUUUUUUCUUUUCAAGAACCAUAAUGGCUACAAUGAAAGAGUUAAAACCCCAGUCCUCCUCUUCCUUUACCCAUGAAUGGGUUUACGAUGUUUUCCUCAGUUUUCGAGGAGAGGACACUCGAAAGGGUUUUACCGGAAACCUUUAUAAUGCACUUUGUGAAAAAGGAAUCAACACUUUCAUAGAUGAUAAAGAGCUAAGAAAAGGAGAAGAAAUCAAACUAGCUCUCAUGACAGCAAUCCAACAAUCAAGGGCGGCAAUUGUGAUUUUUUCAGAAAACUACGCAUCAUCCACUUAUUGCUUGGAAGAACUUACAAAGAUCAUGGAGUGCAUAAAACGCAAUGGCAGGUUGGUUUGGCCAGUUUUUUAUCAAGUUGACCCUUCUGAUGUGCGCCAUCAGAAAGGGAGCUACGCAGAAGCACUGGCCAAUCAUGAAAGAGAAAAAACCAUUGACAAGGAAAAGGUAAAACAAUGGAGGUCAGCUUUGGAAGAAGCAGCUAACCUAUCGGGUUGGCAUUUCAAACACGGGUACGAGUAUGAGUUGAUUGAAGAGAUCGUUAAAGAAGUCUCUAAAAAGAUUAAUCGUAGGCCUUUACAUGUUGCUAAAUACCCUGUUGGGUUAGUGUCACGAGUGCAAAAACUGAACUCGCUUCUAGAAAUUGAAUCAGAUGAGGUGGUUCAAAUGGUAGGGAUUUUUGGAAUGGGUGGGUUAGGCAAAACAACACUUGCAUGUGCCGUAUACAAUUGCAUUGCUGAUCGAUUUGAUAGUCUCUGUUUUCUUGCUAAUGUUAGAGACAAUUCAAAGAAGUAUGGUUUGGUACAAGUACAGGAGAUGCUUCUUUCGGAAUUAGCUGGGGAGAAAGAUCUUAAUUUGUGCAGUUUAAAUAAGGGAAUUUCUAUUAUAAAAAGUAGACUUUCUGGGAAAAAAAUUCUAUUGAUCCUGGAUGAUGUUGACAGGUUGGAGCAACUAGAAGCACUUGCUGGUGGACUUGACUGGUUUGGUUCAGGCAGCAGAGUUAUUAUCACAACAAGGAAUAAGCAUUUGCUGCAUGUUCAACGCAUUGAAAGAGUUUAUGAAUUAGAAGGAUUGAAGGAUGGAGAAGCCCUUGAAUUGUUUGCUUGGAAUGCUUUCAAAACAAAAGAAAUUGAUCCUAGUUAUGUGGACAUUUCAAAGAGAGCAGUGCGUUAUUCUAAUGGACUUCCAUUGUCUGUUGAAAUAAUAGGCUCUGACUUGUACGGUAAAACAAAAUCGGAGUGGAAAUCUGCUUUGGAUACUUAUGAGAGAAUUCCUCAUGAUAAUAUUCAGGAAAUCCUACGAGUAAGUUAUGAUGGCUUAAAAGAAUUUGAGAAGGAAAUCUUUUUAGACAUCGCUUGCUUCUUCAAAGGAUACAAACUAAGUGAUGUUGCGAACAUACUAACCAGGGGACGUGGCUUCAACCCAGACUAUGCUAUCCAGGUGCUGAUUGAUAAAAGCCUGAUAAAAAUUGAUCAUUGUCACGUGAGGAUACAUGACAUGAUUGAAGAUAUGGGAAGAGAAAUUGUGCGGCUGGAAUCAGCCUCAAAGCCAGGUGAACGCAGUAGAUUAUGGUUCUCCACAGAUAUUCUACAUGUUUUCAAAGAGAACAAGGGGUCUGAUAAAACUGAGGUCAUCAUGCUACGCCUACUCAAAGAUAAAGAAGUCCAAUGGGAUGGAAAUGCAUUGAAGAAAAUGGAAAACCUCAAAAUACUGGUAAUAGAAAAAGCUCACUUUUCCAGAGGACCUACUCAUCUCCCAAAAAGUUUAAAAGUGCUAAAAUGGUGUGAUUAUCCUGAAUCGUCAUUGCCAGCUCAUUAUGAUCCAAAGAAACUUGUCAUACUCGACCUGUCUAUGGGCCUUUUUACCUUCGGCAAACAAAAAAUCAUGGAAUUUAAAUCUUUGACAGAAAUGAAGUUAAGCAAGUGUCAAUCCUUAAAGAAAGUACCUGACAUGUCUGGAGCUCCAAAUUUGAAGAAACUGCAUCUUGAUUCCUGCAAGAGAUUAGUUAAAGUUCAUGAUUCCGUUGGGUUCCUUGGAAAACUUGAAGAUUUGAAUCUUAAUGGUUGCACCGGUCUCAAGAUUCUUCCCCGUGGCAUCAACUUACCUUCACUUAAAACCAUGUCCCUUAGGAAUUGUAAAGCUCUUAAGAAUUUUCCAGAAAUUCUAGGGAAGAUGGAAAACAUAACAUACCUUGUUUUGAGUGAUAGUGGGAUAUGUGAUUUGCCCUUCUCCAUUGGACUUCUUGUGGGGCUUGCAAACCUGGCUAUAGACAGAUGCAACAACCUACUUGAACUACCGAGUAGUAUUUUUAUGUUGCCAGAACUUAAGGCCUUGGAGGCUUACAGUUGCAAGGGGCUUGCACGAAUCAAGAAGGGAAAAGGUCAAUUGCGGGAAACAUCUUCAGAUGUGAAAAGUGUUGUUGAAUUCAGCUUUUGCCAUCUAUCAGAUGAGAAAAGUGUUGUUGACUUCAGCUUUUGCCAUCUAUCAGAUGAAUUUCUCGUUACACUUCUUCCUUGCUUUCACUGUGUCACAAAUUUAUCCCUUGAUUACAGCAGUAUCACGAUCCUUCCAUCAUGCAUCAAUGCAUGCCACUCUUUGGAGGAACUUACUCUGAAUAAUUGUACGGCGCUACGAGAAAUCAGAGACCUGCCACCAAACAUAAAACAUCUUAGUGCAAUAAAUUGUACAUCAUUGACUUCCCAAUCCAAGAAAAUGUUAUUGAACAAGAUGCUGCCCAAUUCUGGGACCAAAUAUAUCUGUUUUCCAGGAUCAACUAUCCCCAGCUGGUUCCAUGAAAAUAGACAGGCACCGUCUAUGUCCUUCAAGUUCCGAAAAAAAUUGCCACUGAUGGCUCUUAGUGUUGCAGUAGUUGCGGGUGGUUGUUAUUGUUCAAAAUGUUGUCUGAAGUGUGACUUUGACCUGAUCAUUAAUGGCAGUAAACGGCUCACGAACUUUCUCCAUGUUAGUUGGUCUAAAACUAAUGCAAUUGAUACAAAUUUAAAUCAUAUAAUUCUGCUGGAUCUGCAGCUCAAAGCUAGUCUGGAUAUGAUUGGAAAACUACGUAUUAUGAAUGGAUGGAAUCAUGCUGAGAUUUCAUUAGUAAAACACAGUGGACAAGAUAUGAAAUGGAUGAGACUUCAUGUACAGGAACAGAAAACAAGCAUGGCAGAUAUUCAAAUUAUCAAUCCUAAGGUUACAAUAGAAGGAAAAGAAAAGAAAAAUGUCACGUGUGGUGAUAAAAGUUAGCCCAAUAAUAUCGCAAGGUCUAGCCGGUAGCUACUCUAAUCAGACAUCAGGUAUGAUUUUAAGAUAGAUAUGCGAACAGAAGCUCGUGAACAUUGAUUCUGUUUUGUGGUAUUGUAGACCUCUACAAAAUUAAUGAAUGUGUAUGAUUCCCUCUGUUUUCUGGUUUGAAUUUUGUUGCAUUGAAUUAAAAGUGUAAUAUACCCUAUAAAAAAAAAUGUCCUUUUACA